UUUAGUGGCCGCACGAGGUCGCUUUUGGCGACGUCAGCGGCCGCCAUCGUUAUGUCGUCCACUGAAAAUUCACCCUCUUCUGGGAUUAAAGACUUUCCAGUCUCUGAAUGCUGUCCUGUGUGUAUGGCUCCAGUCGAAAAAGCGAUUGCUUUUAUUCGCGAUGGGUGUGGUCGCUCUGUUCACUUUUCGUGUUUGGGAUUAUUAUCUCAAGAUAAAUCUACUUGUGAGAGGCUUCGACGAGUUCCGAUGUACAACUACUUUAUUGAUUCACCUAAUUCUGUAGCAUCUAAUGUGACAACUAUCUUGCAGAAUCCUGAGAUGCAAUCGAUUAUUCGAAACGUUAUUGCGUUGGAAAACGAGAAAACGCUAUUGGAGGUUACAAAAUUAAGAAGGGAGAUGGAAGCAUUGAAACAAUCUAAUAUAGAAUUAGUGAGGUUAUUAACCGACAAUCCAAGUAAAGCUGCAGUGAUCCAUGGUAGUAGUGCUGCAAUUCCUGUAGCUAUUGCAGACACGAUUAAACCCACUGAUACAUAUGCAAAUAAAUUGAGUUCCGCAACGCAAGCCAAAGUAAUGAUUAAACCAAAAGUUGCGCAGAAAGCUUUCCAAACACAAGAAGACCUGUUGCGGAAUGUAGAUUUAUUGAAUGAAAAUAUCUCUGUCACAAAUUCCAAAAAAGCUAAGGAUGGAGCUAUCAUCGUAGGAUGUAAUAAUAUUGAAAAUUCAAAAAAACUAAAACAACUUGCAGCAGAUAAACUAUCGAAUGAUUACGAUGUUUUUGUUCUUAGAUCAGAACACCCUCGUGUUAGAAUCGUCGGAAUUCCUUCUUGUCUAAAUAAGGAGUCUUUUAUGAGUUAUUUAAAAUCCCAAAACUCUGAUUUGUUAGCAGAUGCAACUGAAUAUAGGCUUCUAAAUUUCUGGCCCCUAAAAAAGAACAAAAAAAUACUUCAGGCAACUGUUCAGCUGGAUAUACAUACAUACAAGAAAGUUAUGAAAGCUGGUGGAUUACUUGUAGGCAUAAAUAUUUGCAAAUUGUAUGAUGAUACGACGGUAACACGUUGCUUUAAAUGCAAUGGGUUCAAUCAUACUAAAACUAAGUGCCCUAGACCAGUUAUCUGUCCUUUAUGUGCAGAAGUCUCAAACAUAUGCAUGGGUUUGACAUUAGUGUUGACCAUCCGGCCUGGGACUAUAAGAGUUGUUUUGCGUUUAAAUUUGCCGAAGCUAAACUUCGUAAUGUGGUAUUUGAUGUUCAAAGUGUCCCAAGUACGAGCUCAGGACUCCAAUCUCAGUCUCCUGGGAACGUGAAUGUCACGCCUUCUGUUCAAGUGUUUAAUCGUUUUGAACCUCUGUCAGAUUUUAAAAGCAAUUUUUUAGAUCGUCCUUAGAUGCGGCCAAUGUAAGUAACAUAACUUCAAAGUCUACUAAAUCACCUACAACCUUUCCCAGCAAUAGCAAAACUUUCUUUGUUUAUUAUCAGAACACUCGCAGCAUUAGAUCACGUGUUAAUGACAUUUACUCCAAUUUAACGUCUAAUGUAUUUGAUAUAAUAUGUAUUACAGAAUCAUGGCUUGAUCCAUCGAUCAAUAACAGUGAAUUUAUUCCGCCAAAUUACAUUGCAUUUCGUUCAGACAGAGACUUCAAUAGAUCCAAUCGUCAAAGCGGCGGGGGAGUUGUUCUGGCUGUUAAUGCUCAGUUCAACGUUAAAUGCCUGGACAUGUCGACAUUUAAGGAUUUUUUUCUGUGUGAUAUCAUAGGUUGAUGAAGGAGUGUGGCCAGUUAGAAAUUACCCACAUGUAGUAUUAUUAGAGCGAUACAAACUUAAUACAUUGCAGUGCAGAAGAGUUGUCAGCGCACUUAUUUUCUUGCAUAAACUUCUGAAUAAUAAAAUUGACUGUGGUGAGUUUCUUUCUGGCCUAAAAUUUUAUGUGCCGAGAUUAAAUAAUCGAUAUUCAGUAACGCUUUAUUCCAGUACACCACGCACAAAUAUUGGUAGAAGAGCUCCACUAUAUGUGAUCAGCAUGUAUACGAACAAAAUGGAGAGAAAUAGCGAUUGUGAUAUCUUCAGCUGCUCGACCAGAGAACUGAAAACUGCAAUCUGUGACAAGCUAAAUUUAUGAAAGAUGUAACUGUCAAUUUCUGCUUCUGCUAAAUGUAAUUGUGAUAGGAAAGAUUUGGGAAUAUUUGCCAAUUAUUAGUUAGACUAAAAUUGUGUUAUGUUUUGCUGAAAUUGUCCUGUAA